AGAGAAAUAGGUCACACUGUUCCUAGCAUUGAGACAGUUAUUGUUGUUGUCAGAGAAUAUGAAAUAUAUGAGGAAAUAUCUACUGUUGAAAUUGUCAUUGUAGGUGGGGAGGGUCUUGAGGAUAAUUUAUACUUUUUUGAUGGUCUAGACAAAAAUUCUGUGAAUCAUAAAAUCCAGAAUGAUGAGGAUAUGAGAAUCUCUUUCCCGAAACUAAAAUAUGUUGAUGUUGGAAGCCACCGAGAUGUGCGGGAGUUCUUGCAUCACCUUCUAUAUGCAUACCCAGAUAUAAGAUGUAUCACAUGUAAUUCAGAAAAUUGGGUCUUGAGCAAAUAUUCUUUUGAUUUUCCACCUGUAACUCCAUCAACUUUAGGUAGGGGUCCCAAGUCUUUACGAAAAAAAACACCCAAUUAUAACCUAAGAGAGAUGAGCUUUUCAUCAUUUUGCCUGGCAUUAAAAUUACGUGAUAUUUUUACUAAAUAUAGAAAGUUGGAGCAUGUUGGUUUGCAUUUACUGAAAGGUUCUUGGAAGAUUAAAUCAACCAGUGAAACUGCUAAAGAGCUUCUUUGUACAAUUAAUUGCAAGUACUUAACUAUCUGUGUUGAUGUAUACAUGAGUAAUGAUGACUUACUAAGUUUAUACAUACCAUCAUUGCAAGCAACUGGAUCAUCUCUGAGAAUAUUACAGUUUCACCUUACUAAUGAGGUGAAUGUUAAGGUUUUAUGUCAGCUGAUCAACAUGUGCCAGUUUAUAGAGGAGCUGUCACUUGCAACAUCUUGCGAAAGAUGUGAAGUUGAAGGCGAGGACACAGAUGAAAUUCAUAUUAAGGUGUUCACCAACUUUUG